CGUCUACAGUCUACAGCACACAUCGCAGCAGCUCGCGACCAUCGUCCAUCCGCUCAAUUGUGAUCGAUCGAGCUGCGAGCCCAUCGCCUCUAGCUAAGCUACCAUGGGUCGGCAGCCGUGCUGCGACAAGGUGGGGCUGAAGAAGGGGCCGUGGACAGCGGAGGAGGACCAGAAGCUCGUCAGCUUCAUCCUCGGCAACAGGCAGUGCUGCUGGCGCGCCGUGCCCAAGCUUGCCGGGCUGCUGCGGUGCGGGAAGAGCUGCCGGCUGCGCUGGACCAACUACCUGCGGCCGGACCUCAAGAGGGGCCUGCUCUCCGACGCCGAGGAGAAGCUCGUCAUCGACCUGCAUGCUCAGCUCGGCAACAGGUGGUCAAAGAUUGCGUCGCACAUGCCAGGACGAACGGACAACGAGAUUAAGAACCACUGGAACACCCACAUCAAGAAGAAGCUCAGGAAGAUGGGGAUCGACCCCCUCACCCACAAGCCCCUCCCGCCGCCUGAUCCGCAUCCGCCGAAGGACCACCAGAGCCCACCGCACACCGCCACAGGUGGCUCGCCGGAAGCGCCGCCAUCUCCGUCGCCGAAGCCUCCACAGGAGAAGACGGCAGUACCGGUGAUGACGCCAGCUAGCCAGCAAGAAGCAGGUGACGAUGACGUGCCGCUCCUCAGCAACUACUACCCAGGCUUCUGCACCGACGAGGUACCCAUGAUGGACCCGGACGAGAUCAUGGUGCCUCUGGACGACGGGCGGACGGCGCCGCCGACGUCGACGAUUUUCUCGACCACGACCACGACGUCCUACUCUGCAGCCUCCGACUCCGUGUCGUCGUCCUUGAGCCGCGACGAGGACCCGCUGUUCCCGCUCAUGGACUUGGAGUUCCCCGACAUCGCGUUCCAGAUGGGGCUACUAGACGACAUGGUCGCGUCGUGGGACGACUCCUUGGCGCAGCAGCCGCUGUCGCCAUCCCCUGUCUACGACGACGACUAUGCAAACCAGCUGCAGAUCAGGAGCGGCGUUGCGUUUGACCAGGAGCCAGGGAACAAGAUUGUGCUCUUCUCUAGCUAUUAGGCAGUUAACCCCUUUAAUAAAUGAGAUAUGCACCUCCUUACACCUUACUGGUCACUGCACUAAACUAGCAAAUUACUCCGACACGACGGUUGUUCAUUCUGUUAACUGCAACUGCUUUCUAGUUAUAUAAUCAAGAUUUGUUAAACCA